AUGCCUGAGAUAACAAAAGACAAGUGGUUGGAAAUUGCUGACGUUUUUUAUUUGAAAACUAAUUUUCCUAACUGCUUAGGAGCAAUUGACGGGAAACAUAUACGGUGCAAAAAUCCUAAAAAUUCGGGUUCCCUUUUUUUUAAUUAUAAAAAGUAUUUUUCUGUUGUAUUGAUGGCUGUCGUCGACGCUAAUUUACAAUUUAUAACAAUCGAUGUUGGAGCAUACGGCAAGGAAGGUGAUUCAAACGUGUUUAAAAAUAGCAACUUCGGAAAAUUUUUGUAUUCGGAUAAAAUUGAUCUUCCAGAACCAGCUUUAUUACCAGAAACAGAAAGCAACCCUCAACCUUAUGUUUUUAUUGGUAAUGAAGCAUUUGCGCUCCAUACACACUUGUUAAGGCCUUAUCCUGGACGAAAUCUCACAGAUAUUCGUAGAGUGUUCAAUUAUAGGUUAUCCAGGGCACGUCGUAUGGUAGAGUGUGCAUUUGGUGUAUUGGCUAACAAAUGGCGAGUAUUGCACACUCCGAUUCAAGUAGAACCCGAUUUUACGGAUGUCAUUAUAAAGGCAUGUUGUGUCUUACACAAUUUCGUACGUAAAAAAGAUGGAACCAAUUUUGAAAACUCAGAAACAAUCUCGCUUGAAGAUAUUGAAGUUCGUGGAACUGGGACACGAUCUCAAGGUAUUGAGGUGAGAGAUUUUUUUUCAAAUUAUUGGUCCAGGAGCCGUUCCUUUUCAGAACUCAAAAUAAACUGA